GCUCGCCCUGCGCGUGAGGGGAGACUCGCUGGACGCCCGCGGCGCUUCGCCUCCGGUGGGCUGCUGCGGGCUGCGGUUCGAGUCUCCGCGAGCUGGGAGGCCUCGUGCUCGGCAGCCCCGGGCUGGGCCGCAGAGGAAGCCUUAGCCUUGUCAUGUGCAUAAGGAGACUGUUUCACACUUCCUCUCUCCCCUGGCCAUGGAGGACAGCUGUCUUGAAACACAGUUGGCUCAGGCAGCAGGCAGCCCAGCGAUGGAUGCAUUCUGCAAGCAACACCUACAAAGCCGUCAUUUUUGACAUGGGUGGAGUUCUCAUUCCUUCUCCAGGGACACUGGCUGCCAAAUGGGAGGUACAGAAUCAUAUCCCUUCUGGAACUAUUGUGAAGGCCUUGAUCAGAGAUGGCAGAAAUGGACCCUGGAUGAGAUUUAUGCGAGGAGAGAUAACACUGGAAGAUUUCUUACAAGAAUUUGGAAGAUACUGCUCUGAACUAGCAAAGACCUCUGUGCCUGUGGACUCCUUUUUCUCUCUGAUGACCAAUGAGCAGGUGGCAAAGCAAUCCCCCGUGAUGACCCAGGCCAUCUCCCAAAUCCGAGCCAGAGGUCUUCAGACUGCAGUCUUGAGCAAUAAUUUUCGUCUCUCUAAUGGGAAAAGCUUUUUGCCCCUGGACCGGAAACAGUUUGAUGUGGUGGUAGAGUCGUGCGUGGAAGGCAUCUGUAAGCCAGACCCUAGGAUAUAUCAGCUGUGCCUAGAACGGCUCGGCCUCCAGCCCUCAGAGUCCAUUUUUCUAGAUGAUCUGGGACCAAAUCUAAAUACAGCUGCCAGCCUUGGCAUUCGUACCAUUAAGGUCAAUGACCCAGAGACGGCAGUGAAGGAGUUGGAAGCUCUUCUGGGUUUUCCUUUGUGUGUGGGUGUUCCUGGCACGAGUCCUGUGAGGAAGAACAUGGAAAUUCCACAAGAUGCCUUGGAAAAGUACCUCAAGAACUUGCUGGGAGCCCACACCACUGGCCCUCUACAGCUGCUUCAGUUUGAUCACGGACAGUCAAAUCCAACGUACUACAUCAAGAUGGCUGAUCAUCAGCUGGUUCUGAGGAAGAAACCCCCAGGGACCCUCCUUCCAUCUGCACAUGCAAUAGAGAGAGAAUUCAGGAUAAUGAAGGCACUCGCAAGUGCUGGGGUACCUGUCCCUAAUGGUUUUGACCUCUGUGAAGAUUCAAGUAUCAUCGGCACCCCCUUCUAUGUGAUGGAGUACUGCCCAGGCAUCAUCUACAAAGACCCCUCCUUGCCAGGGAUGGAGCCCAGUCAGCGCCGAGCCAUAUACACCGCCAUGAAUCAAGUCCUGUGCAAAAUUCACAGUGUGGACCUGCAGGCAUUGGGCCUAGACAGCUUUGGAAAGCAAGGGAACUAUCUUCCUCGCCAGGUGCAAACGUGGACUAAGCAGUACCGAGCGGCAGAAACCAGCACCAUCCCUGCCAUGGAGAAGCUCAUCCAGUGGCUACCCUUGCAUCUUCCCACUCAACAGAGGACCACGGUGGUGCAUGGCGACUUCAGGCUGGACAAUCUGCUGUUUCAUCCAGAAAAGCCCGAAGUGCUUGCUGUUCUGGACUGGGAACUUUCUACCUUAGGUGACCCCUUUUCCGAUGUGGCCUACAGCUGCCUGGCUCAUUACCUGCCGUCCACUUUUCCCAUGCUCAAAGGGUUCAGCGGCCGGGAUGUGGCACAGCUGGGAAUCCCCACGGCCGAGGAGUACUUCCACAUGUACUGUCUUCACAUGGAGAUCCCCCCCAUUGAGAACUGGAACUUCUACAUGGCUUUCUCCUUUUUCCGCGUGGCUGCAAUCUUACAGGGAGUCUACAAGCGGUCCCUCUCAGGGCAGGCAAGCUCAGCAACAGCCGAACAAAGCGGGAAGCUCACUGAGUUGGUGGCUAACCUGGCAUGGGACUUCGCAAUCAGAGAAGGGUUCCAGAUUUUCAAGGAGAUGCCGACGACCAAACCGCAAACGAGAUCCCACCACUCAUGGGCUGGUUCACAGUCCGCAUUAAGCCCCAAGGGCGUGAGGAGUUAUAGCACUGUUCCAGAACCUUCUUCCCCUUCUCAUGCCUCAAGGGCAGCUCUGAUAAUCUCUCCAGAAGGUCUCUCUCCUCGGGUCAGAGAGCUGUAUUUCCGGCUUCAGCAGUUCAUGGAGCAGCGUGUGUACCCCCUGGAGUCAGAGCUGCAGAAAUAUCAUACCACCGAGGACAGAUGGACCCCUUCCCCAGUGAUAGAAGACCUCAAGGAGAAAGCCAAGGCUGAAGGACUUUGGAACCUUUUCCUACCAUUGGAAACUGAUCCUGAGAGAAAAUAUGGAGCAGGGCUGACCAACGUGGAGUAUGCACAUCUGUGUGAAGUCAUGGGCAUGUCCAUAUAUGCUCCUGAGAUAUUUAACUGCUCUGCUCCUGACACAGGGAACAUGGAGGUACUGGUGCGCUACGGCACUGAGGAGCAGAAGGCCCGUUGGCUGGAGCCAUUACUGGAGGGCAAGAUUCGUUCUUGCUUUGCCAUGACCGAGCCCCAGGUGGCUUCAUCAGAUGCCUCCAACAUUGAGGCUUCCAUUAGAGAGGAAGGUGACUUCUACAUCAUAAAUGGUCACAAGUGGUGGAUCUCAGGCAUCAUGGAUCCACGCUGCAAAAUCUGUGUGUUUAUGGGAAAAACAGACUCACAGGCCCCGAGGCACCAGCAGCAGUCCAUGCUCUUGGUGCCCAUGGACAGCCCUGGGAUCAAAGUCAUCCGGCCUCUGACGGUGUAUGGGAUGGAUGAUGCUCCAGGUGGCCACGGUGAAGUACGGUUCGAAGAUGUGCGUGUGCCCAAGGAGAACAUCAUCCUGGGCCCAGGCCGUGGCUUUGAGAUUGCCCAGGGCCGGCUGGGGCCCGGCCGGAUUCAUCACUGCAUGAGGUUGAUUGGGUACUCAGAGAGGGCCCUGUCACUCAUGAAAGCCCGUGUGAGGUCCCGCGUGGCCUUUGGGAAGCCUCUGGUAGAACAUGGCACCAUCCUGGCAGACAUUGCCCAGUGCCGCGUGGACAUCGAGCAGGCACGGCUGCUGGUGCUGAAAGCUGCCCACCUCAUGGACGUGGCAGGAAAUAAGACUGCAGCUUUAGAGAUCGCCAUGAUUAAAAUGGUAGCCCCAUCCAUGGCCUAUCGAGUGAUCGACCGCGCUAUUCAGGCCUUUGGAGCAGGGGGUCUAAGCGGCGACUACCCCCUGGCUCACUUCUUUUCUUGGGCCCGGGCACUGCGCUUUGCUGACGGCCCCGACGAGGUACACCAGUUAACAGUGGCCAAGAUGGAGCUGAAGAAGCCUGCGAGGCUGAGGGAGCCCCCCGUGCACAGACUCUAAGUGGCCUGCCUGGAAAGAUCUGCUCUGUGUGAUUCUAGCUUGCUGCCAGCACCUCUGGGACAGCCACUCUCAGCUCAGCCUGCUGGGGUCCCCCUGAAUGUGUUUCUGGAAAAGCUGAGUUUGCGUUUCAGGCCUGGAGAGCUGAUCUUCAGUUUCUUAGUGCCGGCCUGUUUCCCCUGUUGGCUGCAGGAAUUGCAACACGAGUGAGCUGUGUUCUCUCCAGAGAUGAUGGCCUCCUGCUCUGGACCUCCCAGAAGUAGGGGCACAGGCAUGACCCAGGCGAGUGAUCCUGGAGAUGGAAUGAACCCAAGUUGCAGCCACCUACAUCCAUCUGAUGGCUCACAUCACAGGACACUAUUUAAAGUGUGAUUUGGGGGGAGGGAAAUUGGGGACACAAAAGAAGAGAACACCUUAGAGGGUUUGUGAGCUUUCUAUGUCAUAUGAAGGGCAUAAAGAAUAAAGAAUGUUAGGCUGGGCGUGGUGGUACACGCCUUUAGUCUCAGUACUCAAGAGGCAGAGGUAGGACCACCAUGAGUUUGAGGCCACUCUGAGACUACUUUAGUAAAUUCCAGGUCAUC